GCUAGACGGCGUAGGAAGACUGAAAACACUUCAAUAUGAGUUGGAUUCAGAAGAAGAUUCCACUUCAGGCACGUUCAAGGGGUGUUUAUCUCAUCACAGAAGAAGUCGAGCAUGCGUUGCCCGAGUUGAGAGACUUCAAAGUUGGUGUUCUGCAUCUGUUCAUCCAGCACACAUCAGCUGCUCUAUCGCUAAACGAGAACUGGGAUUCUGACGUUAGAGCGGACAUGAAUGAUGCUUUGAACGCACUGGUGCCUGAUGAUCACGAAGGCAGGUUCAGACAUACGGGUGCCGGCGAAGGUCCGGACGAUAUGGCUGGCCACAUCAAAUCAACACUGGUUGGUGCAUCGUUAUCGAUCCCAAUUACAAACGGUCGUUUAGCAACAGGCACAUGGCAAGGGAUCUAUCUUCUUGAGUUUAGAGAUUAUAGACACCAGAGAAACAUCGUGGCUACGAUAAACGGUGAAAAGAAAUAAACCACGUUAGAUUUCGAAUCCUGUUAGUUCC